UGUAUUUAUCCAGAAGCAUCAACGAAGAUUAUGCAGACCUUGUAAUUGUAUGCAUUGCCCUUGCCGUUACUUACACUUUCUGUUGCUUAUAUAAGAGCAAAAGCAGAGACGGACCCCUUCAUCCCUUUUUAGUCCAUACCCACGCAUUUUCAGCUUCAUCCCGACGCUGUGCUCUUUAUUGGCAUUAAAAACGCUGAAUUUCUCACUUUUCACAUUGAAACAAAGACAUUACAUUACAUUUCUCACAUUUGUAUCGUUUCAAGAAGGCCCUCUUCGUAGUUUGAUUGUUUGGACUGGAUUCUCACCAUAUGGCGACAGAACAGUAUUUCCAAGGGGCAGCAAUAGAAAGUGAUAAAUCCUCCUUGGCGAAAUGGGUCGACGAGUCUCCUUCUGGUGAUUUUGAAUGUAACAUCUGUCUGGACCUUGUGAAAGACCCUGUGGUCACAUUCUGCGGCCACCUCUAUUGCUGGCCGUGUAUAUAUCGAUGGAUUACUUUUCCUUUAGAAAACCCGGAUCAGCAGCAUCCACAAUGUCCUGUCUGCAAAAAAGAGGUGUCACAGAAAACCUUAAUCCCACUCUACGGCCGUGGCCAAACUACAAAUCCAUCCAACGACGAGGUUUCAGAUGUCGGUAAACUCGUACCAAAAAGGCCUCGCAGUCCAAGAUUUGGGGGUGACGUACUAAUACCGACAGCAACUUCGGGUCAUUCACCCCAACUUCAUCAACGAAGUUAUUUACAAUCGUCUCAACCGUAUUACCCUUACUCUGGCAACUAUAUGGGUUCGUCCAUGCUCGGCAAUGGCGGGACAGCAACAAAUUUGAUUGAUCCAAUGAUUAAGAUGUUUGGUGAAAUGGUUUGUGCAAGGAUUUUUGGGAAUUCAGAGACAACCCUUUAUACAUAUCCAAACUCGUAUAGUAUAGUGGGUAGUAGCAGUCCUAGGUUAAGAAGACAUAUGAUGCAGAUUGAUAGAUCACUCAGUAGAGUUUGUUUCUUCCUUUGUUGUUGUGUGGUCUUGUGUCUUCUCUUGUUCUGAUAACAUUUUUGUUUUACCUUUCCUCUUUGGUCCAUUUUGUACUUGUAAAAUGCCAUGUUAAUAGUGGCACAUUCCUAAUGAAAUUUGAGCUUGCUUAUAGACAGAUAGAUAUUUUACAUCC